AUGGAGCUGUCGCCUUACGUUCAGGGUGGGUGGCGGCUGUUGGCCGACCCCUGCCGCUUCACCCGCCGGCCUUACGCUGCUCUCCUCCGUGCCGCCUUCCGCAGCCUCCUCGAUCACUCCCAUGACGGGCUGGAUGAUCCAGACCUGAAAGAUAUUGACCCUACAGUAUUAAAACAUUGCCAUGCUGCAGCUGCAAUGUGUAUUCUGGAGGCAGGGAAGCAUAAAGCUGACAUAUCUGCUAUAAGCACGUGUCUCGAGGACUGUAAACUGGACAAAGAGAGAAUAGAACAAUUUUGCACCGAAUAUCAGAAAAACAAGGAUGCAUUGGAAAUCCUCUUGGGAAGCAUAGGCAGAGCUCCUCUCCACAUAACUGAUGUGUCCUGGCGCUUGGAGUAUCAAAUCAAGAACAAUCAACUUCAUAAAACUUACCAGCCUUCCUACUUGGUGACCUUAAACAUAGAGAACAGUGAUUCAGGAUCACACCCAGAUGUUAGUUUUAGUUGCACGAUGGAACAAUUACAGGAUUUAGUUGGAAAACUAAAAGAUGCUGCAAAAAGUCUAGAAAGAGCAACUCAGAUGUGAUGGAGGGGUGUCAGCCUGCCGAGCUGGAGUAGUCUCUUUCCUCAGAAUGUCUUCUAAAUGACAAAUGUCUUUCAUCUCAUGAUGAAAACUUGUGUUGUUUGGGGUGGUUUGGUUUUAGUUUGUUUU